UACUUAGUAGUAAGUAAUUAGAAAUGGCAUCAUCAGUGCCAAUAUUGUCAGACUUUGAGAGCUCCAUCAGCGUUCAGGAGCUCAUCAAAAAGCCCUUGAUCACCGUUCCACAGCAAUACGUUCGUUUUGACCGACCGCCGGUGACCGAUCUCUUCGAUAAUGCCUAUAGUAUCGAACCGAUCCCCACAAUCGACAUGAACAAUUUCGUCGUGGCCGCCGGCGAAACCGUAGAUCUUGAACUAGAAAAGUUGCACUCCGCUUGCAAAAACUGGGGCAUCUUUCAGUUGGUGAACGGAGUUAGCCCUUCAUUGUUGGAGAAGCUGAAACACGAGGUUGAAGCGUUCUUUAAGCUUCCUUUGGAAGAGAAGAUGAAGUACAAGAUAAGACCAGGUGAUGUUGAAGGCUAUGGAACAGUAAACCGAACGGAUGACCAAAAAGUUGACUGGAGUGAUAGGGUGUAUAUGAUACUUAACCCUAUCACCAAAAGAAAACCGUAUCUUUUUCCGGAGCUCCCUUCAUCUCUUAGGACCACGCUAGAGUCUUACUACACGGCGUUGCAAAAGCUUGCCAUGACACUUUUUGGGUUAUUGGGAAAAGCUUUGAAAAUAGAUCAAGAACAUGUGAUGAAGGACUUAUUUGAAGAUGGGAUGCAGUCAAUGAGAAUGACAUACUAUCCGCCGUGCCCGCAACCGGAGCUGGUUGUCGGCAUCUCGCCUCACUCCGACCCCACGGGCAUCACUAUUCUGCACCAACUUAACGGAGUGAAUGGUCUCCAGAUCAAGAAAGAUGGGGUUUGGAUCCCUGUGAACUUCCUUCAAGAUGCCUUAAUGGUGAACGUUGGGGAUAUUCUUGAGAUCAUGAGCAAUGGGGCCUAUAAAAGCAUUGAGCACAGAGUAAUGGCAAAUUCGAGCAAAGAAAGGAUCUCAGUUGCAGUGUUCUUCAGCCCUAAAUAUGAGGCAGAUAUUGGGCCUUCGGCUAGUUUGGUUAAUCCACAAAAUCCACCAUUAUUUAAAAGGAUAGGAAUGGAAAAGUACGUCGUUGAUUUUAUCUCCCGCCGUAAGCUUGAUGGGAAAUCAUUCUUGGAGAAAAUGAGGAUCAAAAACGGCGAAAACACCAAUAAUAAUAUUUCUUAAUUCAUGAAAAAAUAUAUGCUGGUUUGUCAUUAAGUAAUUAAAUACGUGUGUGGCAAUAUAUAUAGGAGUCAUGUAUUAUGUACAUAUAUAACGAAAUAAGGCCACAUGUAUUGUUAAUAAUGGCUCCAUGUCCAAUAUAUCUUACUGAGUGAGAAUUACCCAAACCAGUGCCCUAAAAUAUUACACGUAUAAAUAAUGAUCUGUAU